AAGGCGCACAUUACAUCUGUGUGCGUUACUGUACUUGAUGUUAUUAAGGAUGAGGUCAAUCACCAGAGUACUCAGAAGUCAUCUUGUUUCAAAUCUCAUUGAUAUUUUUGUUUGUUAACGCCCUAUGUUUUAUUUUUGAGCAUGCCAUGCAAUUUGAGACCGGAGUUUGGUCAUGUGAAAAGCAUACUGUUGUGUCUCCUAAAGAGAAAGCGAAUUACGAGUGUGGAGUUGGUCACUUUCCAGCAUCAUCUUCGAAUGAUGAAAAUCCACCUCCCGUCCCACCAAAAGCCUCGAAACGUAUUCCUCCCCUACCUCCAAAACACAUAACCCGUCCAGUUCGACAAGUAAAACAUAAAUGCAUAAAAUGUGAACCAACUGUCAGUUUGCAAAACCUAAAUUUUCCACCUAUUGGUCACUUACCAGACGUUUGUGCAGUAUGCAGGCGAAGCGGUUUACAUCCACACUCUACAUCUGACGUUGAGUCAAUCGACAAACCUCAGAAGGAUCCAAUCGACCCUCUACCCGAUCACGAGGAUGUAAAGCACAAAAAAUGCCUUGAAUGUCCCCAAACACUUAAUAGCAAUAAUAUAAAGUCCCAGUACUCGUCACAUCAAAACAGUGAAGCAAAUCGACCGGGUAAAAUCCCAUCUGAUAGGAAUGGUCAUUCCUGUUUGUUUACGUUCGAUAAAAAUAUUUCUGAUCCGAAAUGCACUCAGCCAUUCACUUGCAAACGGUUCACAAAACGACAUAUUUGUCAGGGAGUCUCGAAACACCAAGAACCUAACCUAUGCGAGCUCGGAAGGGAUUCGAGUUCGACAUCUGACUUACCUGCAUCAAACUGUACUUGCUCUGGAAACGUAUGUGGUCUUCAUGGUGGUAGUAAACUAGACUCUAGCUACACGCAGAACUCAAGAUGCUUUUCCUCAGAAUAUCGUGGACUCAAUUUAAUUUCAGAUCAUUCUAUGGGAUAUAAAAUUUCUCGGUAUCAAGAGCAAGGUGAUACAAACAAAACAAGGUGCGGUAGUUUACAGUGGAUAUCUGACACUUUCCAACGUAUAUUUCAUGCUUCUAAGAGCUUCAAAUCUUCUAAAACAAAUUUUCUUCACCCACCAGGUGAUUCACUUGUAAAUGUAAAGAAUUUACCUCAGUUAAAUGAAGAUAAAUUUUAUAGGCGACUGAAACCACUUGUUCAUAAAAAGGAUCGCGAAUUGAAGAGGGAUGUUUUCGAUCAGAAGUUUGGGUGUCGUUUCGUACAACACAAACGUUCUUUCAGCCAUAACAGUUCUCUUAUUGAAGGAGUCAGAUUUAGUUCAUAUAAUCAGAAUGGCUGUGAAUCUAAUGGAACUCUGAAUCCCCGUGUUGACCAUCAUUCACUUCCACCUAGAUCAACAAACAGUCGGAGUUCCAUUGUUAAAUGUAAAAAUUCACUUUUUAGUCCAAAUACAACAAAAAGAAAUUUUGAGCGCCUUGACAGUAUAAGCCCUUCAAACGGUCGAUUAAAACAUAUACAUGUAUCCAAAACUAUGGGAGCUGCUCAGUCCGGAUACCAAACUUCAAAUCAUCCAAAUAUGUGUAUAAGCCAUAGAAGAGCAGAGUCUGCUCUCGCAAUGAUUUGUACUUGUUCCCCCUAUGUAUCCGGUCAAGUAAAUUCCAUCGAUUCUACUAGAGAAUGCUUUUCUUGUAUGGGAAGUCAUUCCUCAUCUACAAAAGUUCCAGCUUGUAGCUGUCCCAACCACAAAAACCAUAGGUGUUGGUUAAACAGUUCAAAUUGUACGGGUAUAUCGAAGCCCCACAGUGGAAAAGAACAAAACAACGAUGAACCUACUACUACUCAGUUCACUCAGGGGAUCUUUCCAUUAAAUCCUGACGUAUUGCUGGUCAAAGAACAUGAAAGUAAUUCUAACUGUGAUAAUACAAAUUCAGUUACUUCUCACCUCCCCUGUGAGAUUCCUGUUGAUUCUAAUAGAAAGGUCUUAAACUUCACUGAAGGUAUCGGAUUUGGACCACAUCCAACUACUAUAAUCGACGAGAAUGGUCAAAUUCAUCACGUUCAUCACGUACACCACGUCCAUCAUGUUCACCAUCAUCAUCAUCACCACGAGUGUGCAGAUGGCGUCUCCAGUGAUAUUGCAUCCUGUCCUCUUAGCCCAGUUACUAGUCCAGUUGUCUGUGACAGACAACGUCCACCGACAACAAUUGCAUCUGCCUUGGAGACGUGCAAUGUAGAGGAAGCAAUAAUCAGUUCUCCAUCUUCUUGUCAGAACCAGCAGGUUGGCGUUACGGAACAAGUUGCUCCUGUUAGCAGUUGUCAUACCUAUAACGCCUAUGAUGUUAGGGCAUCUGAUAGUAUAAGUACAACGGCGCCCAUCAGUUCAACACGCUUAUCCAACCAAAGGUUAUCAUCUACACUACAAGAUAGUCGAUCUUCAUUUCAUCGAAGUAUGUUAGAAUUGAGAAAGAUGGGCUGGUAUUGGGGUCCACUAAGUUUCCAAGAUGCUCAAUUUUUAUUGGCUAAACGACCAGACGGUAGCUUCUUAGUUCGUGACAGUGGGCAUGAUACACACAUUUUAAGUUUAAGUUUUCGUGUACGUGGUGAAACUUAUCAUACAAGAAUCGAACACAAUCAAGCUAUUCCGUUUAUUCAUAUUUAUAUUUCAUAUGUAUUAUUGCUAUAGGUCAUGUCCUGCUCAUUAUCUUUUCGCAUCGGGGUGUUGUUUACGAAACUGAUAGGACAAAAAGCGAAUGUUCGUCGCUUUAAACGGGUUGAUGGAUUUGGAUGAUCCACCUACGGGAAUUGGAAAACCUUGAUUUCAAACCAAUGGUGCACAUGGUCUCCAGGGUCCUGAAGGAACAAAAGGCGUAUGAACCCAUUGUUGGUCACCGGCUACCAUGGGACUGAAUCUGUUCACGAUGCUCCACUGCCUUGUGGACCAGACCUUUAGGUCAAGGGCUCUGGGUGUGGCCUCCUAAGAAAAACACCUGCUUCUGUUUGGGCACCUGGGCAGUAUCCCAUCUGUCACACAAAUAAUUGAUAACUACCACUAGCCUCAUUGUUAUUGUGUGGUAUAUAUGUAUUUGGUCCCCCCUUGUACCAAUAUCACUGUGUUCAAAUAAAAUAAAAUAAAUCUGUAAGCUA